AUGGCUUCGCAAUGGCUUGGAUCGAUUCCUCCUCCUCCGGGAGUCGAGCCGAAUUUCAUUGAUCCUUAUGAUCAUAUGACGGAGAAUAUCGCGCUGCAUACGGUGUUGUUGACGCUGACCACGCUGGCCGUGGGUAUGAGACUGUACACGCGCUGCUGGAUCACAAAGGCCAAACUCGGGGUGGACGACUAUUUCUGUAUUGUAUCAUAUUUUAUGACCAUCGCCUUUUCGGCAUUCAUGUUGAAAUGUUAUACAAAGGGAAUCGGUCGCCACAUGUGGAAUGUCCCCAUCCAAGAUGUCACAGAAAUGCUAAAGUGGUUUUCCAUCGGGUCCUUCAUUUAUCUGCUCCUCGGAGGCUGCGUCAAACUCACCUUCCUCUUCUUCUACUACCGAAUCUUCUCGGAAACAAACAAGAUGCGCUACCUCGUCAUCCUCGGCAUCGUCUUGGUCGUCGGCUUCAGCCUCAGCCUGUUCUUCGGAAACGUCUUUAGCUGCAUCCCGGUGGAAAAAGCAUGGAACCCAAUCGUCCCCGGCCACUGUUUGAACCCUGUGUAUCUGCCUUAUGUUUCUGGCAUCUCGAGCUCGGCGUUGGAUCUGUACACGCUCGUUUUGCCUGUCCCCGUCCUUGUGGGCCUGAACAUGGAUCUUAAGCGGAAGGUGAAGGUCAUUGCCGUCUUUAGCAUUGGUUUGUUUGCCUGCGCCGCCAGCCUUAUUCGCCUUGGAAUGACGCCGAUUCUCCACAGCAACCCCGAUGCUUCCUGGAAUCUCUCCAAGAUGUCUGUAUGGGCAACUGUCGAAGUCAACGUGGGCCUCAUUUGCGCAUGUCUUAUGCUUCUGCCCGCCUUCCUCAACCACGUCCUCCAAGGUCCCGUCCUGGAUUCCAUGUCUCGCUUGUUCUCUGGAGCGUUUGGUCGGCUAUCUGGGAGGAGGUCUCAAGAGAGCAAGUCCCCCAUUGGGAAUCGCGACACUUGGGCGGCGUAUGUUGAGCAGCGAGAUUCCGACUCUCAGCUCAAGGGCCUCCACCACCACGAAGUCGCCCAAAAAUAA